AGUGCUCCAUGACUGUAGUUCGCGGCACGAAGAGGUUACACGAAGUGACACAUUCAUCGUAUGUGCAACGGGUGCACUACCAAACCUGUCUCGGCGUCGGCAACUCCCUCGACGCCACGGGCGGGCGAGUCUGGAGCCUACCUUGUACUCGCCCCCCGCAGAUCUGCUUUCCGACGCAAGGAGGCAGUACGGUGCACGCAGCAGUAUCAAGGCACAUGCGCCCCCGCAGCGCAGCACUUUACCCCUGCAGGCAGUUAACAGGCUGUACGGUGUACACCGGCGCAGCACACCAUCCGUGCCCCCGCAGCGCAGCACUAUAUCCCUGCAGAUAAGUAGCAAUUGACACUAUUUAUAUGUCUGUUACCCUCUCCAUUGAAAUAUCGCUAUGUCACGUCAUAAAGUCAUCCUACAUUCCCAUUAGGCACAAUUGGUGGUUACUAAUCCUCUAAUGCUAUUUUCAGGUUAUACAGCGUGCAUCGAAGCAGCACCACGUAUAUGCCCUCGCAACGCAGCACAGUGCCCCGGCACCAGCACCAAUCAACAGGCAACACAAUGCACACCGACGCGGUGACAACGUAUGCGCUCCCACAAUGAAAAAAGAAUUCUCAGCAAUCAAUCAGCUGACAACACCGCUCAAUUGGGUGCUCUACAGAGGCCGUCACUGUAUCCCUCAGCUGACUGUACCCUCGAUCCACUAAGCUACGCUGCAUACACCGGUGCAGUGGCACCGUAUACACAGUCGCUGUACAUUAUUUGUCUCUACAUACGAAUAAAUAAUCGUUUUAACUUUAAUUAAGAUAA